GGAUAACGGACGGCGGGAAACGUCCGUCUCCACUCGUGGUUGGAACGCGCGACCGCCAUGGACGACGCCACAAAGAAAAAAACCCAAAAGCCACCGUUCGAGCUGAGGGUGGUGACUUUUAUGCUCAAGAGCAAAACUUUUUACGUGACCUUCUCCGCCAUUUUCGUCGCCUUCAUCCUGUCGGUGUACGCUUACGCUGUGUACAAGACCGAUGCGGACUUGGACCCCAGAAACACCUCCAUGGUGAAGUUCGUCGACCACGUGGCCAACCUCAUACUGAUGGCUUCGAACAUAAUCAGCGUGUGUUACUGGGGCCGCUUCCGAAAACUAUACGAGCUCGUGUCCGAAGCCCUCGCGGACGAGUACUGCUUCCUCGUCACCAUCACCAAAUGUGAAUUUUUGAGGUUGCUCAGGUAUUACAACCUGUUCAUCGUGCUCAUCUUGGUGGCGGACGUGUACUUCAUCGUCGAGAACUUCGGAUGGGGAGAGUUCCACCUGAUCAUAUCACGAGACGUCCAGUUCUACACCUACAACUUCGUAUCGAUCGUCAUGCUGAUCAUCGCUUCGUACAUCAUCAACAGGUUCAGAUCAUCGAACCGAUCGUUUGCUGCCCUGGGCUCAAAGUUUUUCGAUUCCGGCACCAUCGACGUCGGUACAGUAGCCGAGAAUGACAGAUGGAGAACAUUCGCUGCCGAAAUAAGAGCUACGGUCCAAUUCCGCAACCAAUCGUGCAGCUUGGCAGAGAAAUUCAACGACAUGUACGGCAUCAUUCUGCUGUCGUGCGUGAUCUACGUCAUCACCGCUAUCGUCUGGAGCAUCAACAUCAUUAUUGGGUUCAACAUGGCCGGCAACGAGCUCGGCAAUUGGAUACUGGGCACUUACAUCGUCAGGAUUAUAAAUGCCACGAGUCAAGCCGUCAUCUUGGCGUAUAUCGGAGACGCCCUCAUUCAAGAAGAGAAAAGAAGCGUGAACUGCUGUUGCGACUUUUUAAACAAACUAACCACAGGACAACCGUUUGAGGAAGUCAUUAGGCGCGAAUUGAACGCUUUCAUCGACCAGAUAGCGACCAGACCCGCGUUCUUCUCAGCCGGCGGCUUCUUCAAAAUCGAUUACGGGAUUCUGAGCAUCGUCGCCUCUAACGUGGUCACGUAUUCCAUUGUUCUGAUCCAGUUUUCGAUGCAGAACCUGAACUCGUCUGCGGCUAAAAAUGGCGCGAAGUCCUAGACAGUAUCGUUUUGGUUCGGCGGAAUUCAAUAUUCAAAAU